AUGAUUCGCGGCGGUAGCAGCUACGUGGCAUCAGCUCCUUCCUUCUCCAACGACGCUAAGAAGCUCCUUGUCUGCACAGGAAACACUGUCUCCGUUUUCAGCGUCGCCACUGGCUUAAAGAUUACUUCCCUUGAAGGCCACACAGCUCCAGUGACUACUCUAAUUGUUGUUCCUGCUUCGACUGCUGCUCAAAAGAUCCUCUGUUAUUGCUGGACUGCUUCUCUCGACGGCACAAUUCGUCAUUGGGACUUCUCAGGACCUGAGCUCUUGAAAACCAUUGAUGCCCAUGUUCCCAUUUACUCCAUGGUCAUUCCUUCUCUUUUGAGUGAGCCUCACCUAACUGAUUCAACUAAGUUAGUAGCUUAUGUUUCUGUUGAGGAUGCAAGUCUUGUUAAAGAAGGUUCCAAAGAGUUGCGUGGACAUAUCCGGAGAUUUAACUUAGCUAAAGAGCGUCUUCCUCGUGGAGAUACUUUGAAAGAGACGGAAGAGCCAAAGUCUAUAGUUAUUAGUCCCUCUGGAGAGUUUUUCGGAAUCCUCCACAAGUGCAAGAUCCAUGUAUGGGAUACUGUUACUUCUGGGGGGUCAAUAAGGAAUGCAGUUUCCAAGAAGAUGACAUUGCAUCACACAAAGGUUAUCAAUGCUUUUGCUUUUCAUCCCACGGAGAGGAUCAUAGCUGCUGGAGAUGUAACAGGAAGAGUUUUGAUUUGGAGAGGGUUCGGUAAUAGGAAACUUGCUUUGGGUAGUCAAAAGAAGAAUGUGAGAUCAGUGGUUGAUUUGGACAACCCUGGGGUGAGAGAUGGAGAUGAUGCUGAAUCUUCCACCACGUGGCAUUGGCAUUCUGCUGAAGUUAAUGUCCUUAACUUCUCUUCCGAUGGAGAAUAUUUGUAUACAGGGGGAAGGGAAGGGGUACUUGUCGUUUGGAAGCUUGACACAGGGAAGAAGAAAUUUUUACCAAGAAUAGGGUCUCCCUUGUUGUAUUUCAUGUGGUCACCAGAUCCAACUCUUUCUUCUGUGGUUUGUGCAGAUAAUCAGAUCCAUUUACUUAAAAUGCCUUCCAUGGAGAUCUUAAGGACCAUUUCUGGAAUCAAGCCUCCCCCAUCAUUGCCUAAGAUGUAUGAAGGCUUGGCUAGUACUGUUGCUUUUGAUAGAUCUUCUGGCGUAGCUGCUCUGUGCACAGAGAAUUAUUGUGUUCAGCUAUACAAUCUUCUCAAUGACCGGGGAAUUUCAGAGGUUCAAGUUUGUGAAAGAAACCAUCAACCAGGCGAUGAAAUCACAGUCGUGGUCACAGCGGUUGCUCUCUCCUUGGAUGGCUCAGUGAUGAGUACAACCGAGGUGAAACUUGCGGAAGAUGGCAUAGGAGGCUUAGUAUCCCUCAAGUUUUGGGUGUCUGAACCAGACAACAAAACGUUCACCUUAUCAACAAUCGUAUAUGAACCUCACAAGGAUGCUGGUGUCUCAGCCAUUGCCUUCCACCCUACCCGUUCCAUGGCAGUUAGUACAUCGUUCGGUGGGGACUUUAAGAUUUGGGUUUGCAACGGCAGCGACAAGGACUCUUCUAGCUGGACAUGUCACGCAGUUGGCUCUUACAAGAAAAAGCCAAUGACCGCUGCUGCUUUCUCUGGGGAUGGUACUGUUCUAGCUGUUGCGGCUGAGAAAGUUAUUACUCUAUGGAAUCCAGGCAAGAACAUUCUCUUGUCUGUUUUAGGAGCGACUCUUACGCCAAUCACAAAGCUCUGUUUCGCUGGGAAGUCUGAGUUCCUCGUUGCUGCAUCCCAUGUUCCUAAACCCCAACUCUCUGUUUGGAAUACAUCAAAGCUAUCUUUGUCAUGGUCAUAUGAAUUACGCAUAGAAGCUGUCACUUCUGCAGUGGAUUCAUCAGCUUUUGCUGUUUUGGCUCUCAUCCCUGAGACUUUUAAAAAGAGUAAAUCUAAGAAGAAUAUCUUCAGCGGUAGAGAUGGUGCCAUUCUCUUGUUCAACGGAUCAGAUCCUAAGCCUGUAUCUAUAUGGACUGUAAUAAAGGGUGAGGGAGGAUCAAUCUCAUUUCUUGAAGGAGAAGACGACAAGUCUCAGCUUCGUCUUGCAUAUGUAAAUGGAAGCCAUGAGUACGUUGUUUUCCAUCCCAAUAGCGAUGAGACACAUGAGCGUUGCGCUGAGGGUCUUACUGGUGACGAGGAGACAGCAGGAGACUUUGGGUACACAUCGCUGUACGGAAAGUUACCAGACUAUGACAAGAAGAGACUGGAGUGUGUUGAGUCGUUGGCAACACCGUUUGUAUCGUCAGAGAGACCGUGGGAAACUAUAUUCAGCGGUUCUACACUGAAUUUCCCGCCUCUUCAGAAACUAUGUGGUGAGUUCUUUGAGUCACUAAUGGAGAAAAGAACAGCCGUUGUGGAAUGA